CAGCGACCUUCAUCGACGCCCACACCCUUGGAUAUUUAAUAAUAACAAGAUGGGCUGGUGGUGGAAUUCCUCCUCCUCUCAAAAGGAUUAUACGCAACCUCCAACAAGCGACCCCACACCGUCAAUUCCUCAACCUGAGUCCGAACCCUCAAAGCCCUCACUACCGUCAACCCGUGACGAACGAGCAGACGCAGAACUCCGCGAAUUCCUCGCGAGUCUCGAAUGGACCGAUGAAUCCAACAACUCAACUCCAGAAUCCACACAAACCGCUUCAUCUUCACACACCAAUGCGAACAGUUCACCCAAAUCCAUAUCCCCAGACUCACUAUAUGCCGACACCAUGUCCUGCCGAUCCGCCUUCGACUACGCAUUCUUCUGUCAAUCGUUUGGCGGACAAUGGGUGAAUGUGUAUCGGUAUGGCGAGCUACGGUCGUGUAGUGAGCACUGGGAGAAUUUCUGGCUGUGUAUGAAGACGCGCUCGUACCCGGAUAAUGUGCGCAAGGAGAUUAUCCGAAAUCAUAACCGCAAAAAGGCGGUUAAGUAUAAGACCGGGCCGAGUAGUGAGGAUGUCUGGGAUUUGCGAACGGAGCCGUUGGUGGAUGCAUUUAAAGGGGAUUUCGAGGUGUUUGAGAAGGAGUUGAAGGAGGAGCAGGCUAUGGGGCAGCGAUGAUAGGAAAGAAAAGGUGCUGGGAGGUUUUAUGAGGUCUUUUAACGAUUUUUCUCAACUCUGUUUGUUAUUUUGUACAAAUAAGCCAGACAUGUAUCAUAGAUAUACCCUUUGCAGUCCUACAAAUAUCAAUGAUAUAACCAU